AUGAACUAAGUAAAUUUUUAAGAUAAUUAAGGUGGUUUUAAUAUAGCAAACUGUUUAUUGCACCCAGAAAGUAAAGUAUCAGUAGUUUUUCUUGACGAUACUUUACAAUAUUAAGUAGGAUGUCUUAACUGUGUCAUUAAUAAUGAGUUAUAGGUGAGUAAAUUUGUUUCAAUAGAUAGUAUUUUAAAUGAUAAGAGUUUUAUUAAAAACUGGCCUCCUUUUUAAGAUAAAAAUCUCAAACAAUUAAACGAUUUUAUUUGUAAGUUUGGUUCUUCUGGUGAAUUUAAUGAAAUAGAAUUGGUUAGAAAUUAUUUCUAAGAGCUGAAGAAAGAAAUUAAUGACUUUAUUUUCAAAAUUGAAAAAAAAGUAAUCUCUGACAUUAGUAAUUUAGAUGUAGAAAAACACAACUUAAUUUAGAAAAUAAAGGAAAUGAGCAAGUUUGAACAAUUUAAGGAAACUAUAAUAAAUAAUAAAGAUGAUUUUAAAGUUCUUAAUUCCAGUGUCAAGAGUUUUUUAGUUUCCUAUUUUGUACGUUUGAAAGAAAGCGAAAAUACCUUAAUCAAUAUGUCUAAUUCCUUUUUUGAGAAAAUAAAAACAAAAAAAGAUUAUUUCGAAUCUUAAAAAACAAUUAUUAGUAAUAUUAUUUUAAAUGAAAAAUUUUAUGAUAUCUCUUAAUUGUUAUCAAAAAUCUCAUCAGAAAUUAGCAAUUAAGUAUAAAAUGAAAUACACUUGCCAAUUUAAGUUGUAGCUACACAAAAAUAGGGACAAUUCAAUUCAAUUUAAUAUUAAUCUUAUACACAUAUACUAGCUACUUAAAGGCAUCAAUUUUAUGUAGAUCAAGUAUUAAAUCAUGAAAAAAAAUAUGAAAUUACAAUUAAAAAUGUGGAAACCAGAGAAGAAUUUAAACCUCUUACUAUUACAUUAGGAUUAGCUAUUGGUUACAAUACGAAUACUAUUAUUUAAGAUUUUGUCAAUUAAAGAGAUUAUAAAUAGUAUGGAAUUAGAUCAUUUAAAGAAAUAAAAGUUUAGAUUUGGCUUAAAAAUAAAGUGUUUAGAUUCAAAAUUGAUGGCAAGUAAUUGUAUGAAUUUGAAGAUUGGUAAACAUAUAAACCCUUUGAAAAUUACUUUUUUACACUAUUCAAUAUCUAUAAUAGUAAUAUUUAUUUGCAAGAUUUUAAAGAAGUAAAGGAUUUUUAGAUAUGGUGA